AGUAGUGCUCUAGGAUCAGUGUCUGGUCUCGUCCACAGCGUUCCUGCUGGGAUACGUGGCGUUCCGUGGAAUGUGUCGUCUGUGCGGGAACGAUGGUGAGCUGAUUCCUCUGAGCGACGCGGCGGGAGCUCAACACGCGCCCGAGGGAGGCGUCAUGUACAUGGCAGAGCUCAGAGAGAUGCUGAAGAAAUACCUGACGGAGGAGAGGAUUGAGAGCACACUCAGGCGUGUGAGCCGGGCGUCUCAUCCUCCGGGCUCUUCAGAAGGAAACGCGGUGGCCAGAGAAAUCCUGCAGAACCUCAGAACCUGCGCAUGGACCCACCUGGACCGACUCGCACUACCGCCACGCUGCAGUUUCCCCUCCAGAGUGAAGCGUCUGCCUGCCAUUCUAUCAACCACCUCCUCAUCAAACAACAACACUGCCCUGCUCCCACAACACGAAGCAGCCAAAAACCUCUUCUGGUUGGUCGAUUCCGAGGGGGAGGAGCUCGAGGAGAUUCCGCUGGACAGCGAGGGAUACUGCGCCUACAGCGCCACCGGAACGGCCACGUAUCAUCAAACCUUUGCUAAAGUUAGACCACGACUGCAUGUUUGUUCUCUGAAUGGUGUUAAAAUGUUCCUGGAAAUAGUUCACAGUCAUUUCCUGUCACCGCAGGUGCAUCUGGGCUCCGGGGACCCGUUCACACCUGGAUUUCCCUCCUUUAACCACACCCAGUUCCCAUCCACCCAGUCCUCAGGCCUGCCAAUCAUCCCGGCUCAGCCAAUCAGCGCCAACGUUGCUUCCAAACUGCUCAGUCAGCUGUCCGGCUCCAGUUGUCCGCGGGGUUGGCAGGGCCGGCUGCCGUACGUUCAGUGUGUUUUGGGGCCGGGCUUCACGGGGCCCGGCGAGCGCAGGGUGAAGAUGGCCGUCUAUAACACCAUGAAGCCGGUGCUGCUCAACAACAUCUUCGCCUCCAUCGAGGGCAAAAUCGAACCCGAUCACUAUAUCAUCAUCGGGGCCCAGAGGGACUCGUGGGGCCCCGGAGCCGUGAAGUCUGGUGUGGGAACGGCCCUCCUGAUGGAGCUGGCCAGAACCUUCAGCAACAUGGUGGAAAACGGCUUUUCCCCCAGACGCAGUUUGCUCUUCGCCACAUCUGAUAUAGAAGAGAUUGGGAAUCAGUGUGACUCUCUGUAUUUUCAGGGUUAUCUGACCAUGUUGCACCUGAAAGCAGUGGCAUAUUUCAGUCUGGAUCAGGCAAUACUGGGUGAUGAUAUCCUCUCAGUCUACUCCAGUCCUCUGCUCGCUGAUCUCAUCGAAGGAGCCAUCAAACAAGUGGAGCAUCCCAAACACACGGGUCAGUCGAUUCUGUCUCUGGUGCAGCGGCAGGGCGGCUGGAGGAACAUAGUGAAGCCGUUGUAUCUGAACAGCGGCGCGUACAGUUUCACAGCGUUCGGAGGAGUUCCUGCCAUGCAGCUGCAUUUCACUGAAGACGCUCGUUCGUACCCGUUCGUCAACACUCAGCUGGACAGCGUGGGUCGGCUGCAGGAGCUUCUUCAGGGUCGUCUGGGGUCGGUGGGUCGAGCUGUAGCUGAGCUGGUGGGUCUGAUGGUCCUCAAACUGUCCCAUGAUCAGAUCCUACCACUGGACGUCACCUGCUACAGCAACACAGUGCAGCAACUCAGCUCCAAACUCAACCAGCACACCGCACAGCUACAGUGGGUUUUCAGCGCUCGAGGUGAUUACAGCAGAGCCGCCAAAAACCUGCAUGAGGCCAUAAAGAACAGCGACAUCCAGGACGAGAGACUCGCCAGACUCUACAACACACGCAUUAUGAGGGUGGAGUACUACUUCCUGUCGCAGUACGUGUCGGUGGUGGAGACGCCGUUCCGUCACGUGUUUAACGGCCGCGGCGAUCACACUCUGAGCGCUCUGGCCGAUCACGUGUCGCUCCUGCGCUCCGCGCCGCACCUGUUCAACGAGGCGCGUUUCCGCCGGCAGCUGGCGCUCUUCACCUGGACGCUGCAGGGCGCCGCGAACGCGCUCAGCGGAGACGUCUGGAACAUCGACAACCCGCUCUAGAGCUCCAGACACGGCCUUCGGCGUCUAUUUAUCAACUCGAGUCUGCUCAACACGUUUCUAGUGAUGUUCCAGAGACCACUGAACAUCAUCUCCUCGUAAAUUAAUUGUUAAUUAACAGUUAUGAUUGAGAAGAGAUUCUUUUUUUGUUACCAAGUGAUAAUGAGACUCUUAUGAAUGUGAGCAGUAAUUAUCGAGAGCAGUGACUCUCAUAAUUAUGACAGUCGUACUGUCGUCCAAUCAAGAAGCAGCAUCUGCUAUCAAUCGACUCUGUGCUGUCCCGUGACCUCAGUUUUCUGAUUAGUUAGCUGAUCAUCUGUAUUGAUCAGAUAUCGAUUAGAUUCUUAUGAAUGUACGCACGUGCUGUAUGGUGCACUUCAAUAAAAAUGUGUUACUUUUGUGUCAA